GUGUAACAGGUGUUAUAAAAGGCAAACAAUCAAUAUCGAAAUCGUGCAUUAUUACACAAAUGAAUAAGUAUUUCAAAUGGCUUGUAAUGGUAUUCAUAUGAAGAAGAAACUUUUUAUUUACUGUUUCAUAAUUUUUAUCGGUGCAGUACUAGUGCUGCUAGAACAACGGCAAAUUAUCACAAGUUUGCGUCCAGAUCCUCAAACAGUAUCUUAUUUCCGAUCAUUCUUUGCGGAAUCAAGUAACAUGAGUGAACAUGCUGUAUUAACUUUAAUCCAAAACAAAACUAAGCCAGACAUACAUAUUCUGUGGUAUGCAAAGCAACCCUAUUUCAAAGGAAGUUUUAAUUUCACCGAGUGUAGAUAUACAAAUUGUAUUUUGACUGAGGACAAGAAAAAGCUUAAUACCAGCGAAGCAGUUUUAUUUGCAUAUCGAGAUAUGUGGAGCAACGUUCCGGUAAAAAAAGAUGGUCAAAUUUGGGUGAUUGUCAAUAUUGAAAGCCCUGCUUCAGAUUCAGAUUUAAGUCACGUGUGGGACAACAAGUUUGAUUGGAGCAUGACUUACAGACAGGACAGUGAAAUUCUGUUGAACUAUGAAACCUUUAGGAGGACGCAGCCUUUAGAUAAAAAUUACCACGAGAUUUUUAAAAACAAAACUAAAUUGGUUGCUUGGGCGGUAAGCAAUUGCGGGUCAGGGGCAAAACGUCGCGAGUACGUCUCGGAGAUGGAAAAAUAUAUUAGUGUUGAUAUUUAUGGACGAUGUGGUAAAGCCCCUUGUCCCGUAGAAGGUAUGCCAGCCUGUCACGAACUUUUGUCUCAAAAUUAUAAAUUUUACUUAGGAUUUGAAAAUAGUUUGUGCAAAGAUUAUGUAACCGAGAAAGUUUUCCACACCUUUCUAGACAAUAGUAAUGCAAUAUAUGUAGCCAGAACAGCUCCGAAUGUAAAAUCGAUUCUACCUCCAAAAACUUAUAUAGAUGUUUCAGAUUUCGACAGUCCGAAACAUCUGGCCGAAUAUUUAUUAAAACUUGCAUCUAAUGAAAAUGAAUAUAUAUCGUAUCUAAAAGAAACUGAUAAAUAUCAUAUAGACAAUGAAAAAAAUUAUUGGAGAGCAAUGUGUGAUUUAUGUGAAUUAAUGAAUACAUAUAAAACGAGAAACCUGACAUGGACUGGUAAAAAUUAUAACGACUGGUACCGUAAAGAUGUGUGCAUGUCUGACGAUGAAAUAACGAUAAAAACAUAA